AUGGGAGACGGAAAAGUCACGCUGAACGGCCUGUAUACCGUGGCUAACAACGGACAGACUGGUGAACUUAAGAACAAUGCGGCCUAUCCUGAAAAAAUUCCGGAAACGAAAAGUUCUUCGUCCCAGCUAUCUGAUGAUGAGACAUCUGUCACCAUCGAGGACAAGCCGACUCUGGAAGACGAGGAUCCGUGGGCACUUCCGGAACUCGAGGACAACGGCCAGAAAUUCUCAGAAUUGGAUCGCAACGGAAAGAUAAAGUACGUGUUAAUCCUAAUCGGGAAGAUAAUCCUCCUAAUCGCCUUCCUCUACCUGUUCAUCUGCUCCCUGGACUUCCUUAGCUCCUCUUUCCGUCUGGUCGGAGGGAGACUGGCGGGAGAGGCCCUGGGGCAGAGCGAACUGAUGCAGAACCCGAUCGCGGGGCUGAUGAUCGGGAUCCUGGCCACAGUCCUUGUGCAGAGUUCCUCUACCUCCACGUCCAUCACCGUCUCCAUGGUAGCCUCGGGAAUCCUGCCAGUCAAGCUGGCAAUACCGAUCGUGAUGGGAGCUAACGUGGGCACGGCCAUCACAGGGAUCAUCGUGGCUAUGGCGCAGUCCGGCGACAGGAACCAGUUCCGGCGGGCAUUCGGCGCAGCGUCCGUUCAUAACAUGGCGGCCUGGCUGACCGUCCUGGUCAUACUCCCCAUAGAGGUCACCACAGAUUACCUGUUCCACUUGUCCACUGUCAUCGUGUCCACCAUAGAUUUAGGCGGAGAAGCUGAUAAUGUAGAGUUUUUGAAGGUUAUCACCAAACCUUUCACGGAACUCAUUAUCAAGAUAGACUCUGAUGUCAUUAAGGAGAUAGCCGAAGACGCUGCCGACGGCACCAAUAAGGCGGAGGGUAAGAGCCUGAUCAAACACUGGUGUGAGACGUACAAAAUGGAGGCCAAUGUAACAGAGACAUACCGACAGAAGUGGACAAAUAUAUCGUCUUGCACGGAGAUAGCGUUGCCAUUAACAUGUACGCAGGAUGGGGGUGACUUCAUCAUAGAGUGGAAUGAGACACGACCAGGUUACAUCACUGUGCCGGUCACCAAAUGUACCCAUCUCUUCACGGACACGCCGCUCAGUGACAUCAUCGCCGGCGUCAUCCUGCUCAUUGUCUCCCUCGUCCUCCUUUGUGGCUGUCUCAUUUUCAUUGUUAAAAUCCUUCAUUCUCUGCUCAAAGGAAAGCUCGCCAAAAUGCUGAAGAAGGUGGUCAACUCAGAUUUUCCGGGUUGUUUCCGCCACCUGACAGGAUAUGCCGUGAUUGUGUUUGCCGCCGGUUUGACGACGUUGCUCCAGAGCAGUUCAAUCUUCAUCUCCACCCUGACGCCGCUGGCCGGAAUAGGGGUUGUCUCCAUUGAGAGAAUGUUACCGAUGGCCUUCGGCUCUAAAAUCGGUACAACCUUUACCAGUAUGUUGGCGGCUUUAGCUUCAGACGCCGAUGGUUUCAAACCCUCUUUUCAAGUCGCUCUCUGCCAUUUGUUUUUCAACUUUUCAGGAAUCGUGGUAUUUUAUAUUGUACCGCCAAUGAGAAAAAUUCCUAUUAAGCUUGCGAUGAUUCUGGGGGAUACUACAGCCACGUAUCGUUGGUUCGCUGUAGCUUUCGUCCUUAUGACUUUCAUAUUAUUGCCUCUGCUUGUAUUCGCGCUAAGUCUGGCCGGCUGGUAUGUGCUGGCAGGAAUUGGCAUUCCCUGUGUCAUACUCUUAAUAGCUGUUGUAAUUAUGAACAUACUGCAAAACAAAGUUCCACAUAAGCUCCCUAAAAAACUGCGCAACUGGGACUUCCUUCCGUUGUGGCUUCACUCCCUUGAACCGUACGAUCGUAUCUUCCGGAAAUUGCCGAAUAGAUGCAGGCGAGGCUGGGGACAACCAAAAGUAGAACAGGAGAUAGAAGUGGAACUACCAAAUGCUGCCAAGACGAACGGAGUCCAUGGUGUGAAAGAACAAGAUACCAGCUUUGACAAUAAAGCCUACGAAGGCACCGUUUUAUAACUAAAAACAUCGCUUGACAUUUGUGUAGUGGGGGAAUUCAUUAGCGCGGUGUUCAGCAGUGAUGAUAUAAAGAUUGUUUAAUAGUGAGGGAUAGGAAGUCGGAGCCCAGGUAUUUGACACCUGUAGCAGAAACGACCUGGUGGGCAAAUUUGGACAAUAAAGUGAAACCAGAUUCUAUCCAGAGUUCAGGAAGGUCAGCAUUUUUUCUGUUUAGGCUAUACGUCACUAACGUCAUUGGCCGGAGUCCAAUUAGUGACAACCGGAUUCGAACCUGCGACCUCACUAGUCAUUAGGCUGCUACGAGAGCGAAACUUUAGUUGAAUGCGCCUGCUAGAGCUCCCAAUUAAUAGACGAGAAUAUAAAGUUUGGCACUAUUGCCGAAUCGCAUAUAUGCUAAUAAAUAUAUACUCAACAGCACAAGAUUUCAAGUCAUAUAUCUCCUAUGCAGUGUUCCGAAAUACUUCCAAGAUGUUGUGUAACGUAAAUGUGUAUAGGAUCUUGUAUGCUCCCUCUCUAUGAUAUUUCCAUGUGCAAGUAUAUGUAUAAUAAACUGUUAUAGCGAACUUCACCAUUUCAUUUAUCACAAUUGUUAUUACAGUACUUACAGUACACCUUCUAUACAUGAUUGGAUUCUAUGCUUUGUAACAAACCGUUAUCCUAACUGAUUACAUGGGAUAUCUAUUGAGUCGUUAGAUGUCAUUUUCGCAGGCGCUUUCAACGACGACAAAGUAUAACGACUCGGCUCUUCGUUCUGUUGUGACAAUAUCGUUAUCUUUUAGACAAUCUGUAGAUAGCGUUUUCUACACUCAAAAAAAGCAUCAUUGCAGUACAGUUUAGGAGUACGAUAAAAAUAACUUUACUGGCAAUUGCAGUACAAACUGUUCAGCAUGUACUUGUCUCAUUAGAGGUGGUUAUUUAGCCCCACACCAGUCUCCAGGGUCCUUACACCCACAGUCUUCUAUACCCAUGAUGUUCUCACAUUG